AUGAGUAAGGGGAUCCUUCCAGCGUUGACACACACACACACACACACAUCCAUUCCUUUUUUCAGGCAGCGAGUGCGAGAGAAGAUUGAACGGGACAAAGCGGAGAGAGCCAAGAAGUUUGGCUGCAGCAGCGCCACCCAGGCCUCCGCCCUGCCCGAGCAGGUGGACCCCGUGCUCAUCUCCUCCCCCAGCCAGGAGCCCCCCGUCAAGCGGGAAUACGAUCAGUGCAAGAUCCAGGUGAGACUCCUGGAUGGCACCUCCCUGACCCACACCUUCAAAGCCAAGGAACAGCUGGCAGCCGUACGGCUUUACGUGGAGCUGAACCGCCAAGACGGCGGGGAAGACCCCUUUCACCUCCUGACGAGUUUUCCCCGGCGGGUCUUCACCGAGGACGACAUGGAGAAGCCCCUGCAGGAGCUGGGUGAGUUUGGGCUCCGAGCCGAGCCGGAGGCAUCCCAGGCUUUGCCUCAAGAGCCUUCGCAGGCAGGACCCCCAAGCAUUAAAUAG